AUGGAUAUGAACCACUUAAUAGGUCAGCGUUUCAACCUGAUCUCUAAGAGUGACAUUCGCUAUGUUGGCACACUCCACGAAAUUAACCCAGAGGCAUCCACAAUCGCCUUGGAAAAUGUCAUGUCCCAUGGUACUGAGGGCCGCCGAGGGGACGGGACUGACCUUCCACCGUCCACCAACGUCUACGAAUACAUCGUCUUCCGAGGCAGUGACGUGAAAGACAUUAGCAUCGCGGAAGAGGAGAAGGAGACUACACAGCCUGAUCCUCCUCGUGUCCCCGAUGACCCCGCAAUUCUAGGAAACAUGUCGCGACCGGGUCCUAUGUCGGGUCCUGAGUCUGGACCUGCCCCUGGCCUUCCUCAAGGAACCCCCCAACAGCCACAAGGUGCUCGGCCAACACCUCAGUAUCCCUCGUAUCCGUCUGGACCAUACCCACCGGGACCUUAUGGACAACACUUUGAUCCCAGGUUCCCUCCCGGCCCUAAUGGUAUCCCUGCUCCUGGUUUCCCACCUUACGGUGCUCCUCCUGGAUGGUACCCUCCUCCCGGUGGCUUCCCUCAGGGACCUGGUCAAUUCCCUCCCAAUAUGCCGAUGGGUCCUCCCGGUCAACAGAUGCCACCCCAGCAGCGUCCUGGUCCCCCUGGGAUGCCCCCUCCUCAGGCUACCUCCGAACUCCCUGUUGGUGACAAGGUCACCAACAAACCUGCCACUCCUGCUGCUGCGCAGGCCCCGACUCCUCCAGUGGAGUCCAAGCCUUCCGUAGCCGAAGCUGUCCAUGGAAUGACCGGCCCUACUGCUAUGCCAGUCGGCACCCAGAAGAACGGUCGGGUCGUGCCGGCCAUUCCCAUGGCUGUCCCUAAGCCUGCCAUCCCCGGCGCCCCCGUCGGUGUUCAGGGAAAUACUUCCAUCACGGAUGCUACUGCCGCUGCUACUGCCGCCGUUGCUGCCGCGAUGGCCAAGCUGCCUCAGCCAGGCGUACAGAAGAAGCCUGGACAAUCCGAUGGCGCUGUUGACGGACUUGUUCGCAAAAUGAAUGACAUGCGGCCGUAUGAUGGAACCCGCGCUCCCCGCGGUGGACACCAGCACCCUCGCGGCGGACGUGGAGGAGCUCCUCGUGCUCAGCACAAGAAGAUCGAGGUCCCCGAGUCGGAUUACGACUUUGAGACUGCAAAUGCCAAGUUCAACAAGCAAGAUAUGGUGAAGGAAGCCAUCGCCACUGGAGCUCCUGCUGCUGAGGCCGAGUCUCAUGCACAUGCAAGCAUUGGACCUGAAGAUGUUGGUGAGAGUGAUCCUGCUGCCGGCUCCACGGCCUCGCUUUACAACCGCACAUCGUCUUUCUUCGACAAUAUUUCUAGUGAAGCACGCGACCGCGAGGACAACUCUUCUACCCGUCCUGGUGGCCGCGAAUGGCGCGGUGAAGAGGAGAAGCGGAACAUCGAGACCUUUGGCCAAGGCAGUGUUGACGGCUACCGUGGUCGUGGCCGCGGCCGAGGAUACGGUCGUGGUCGCGGUUAUAGCCGUGGCUAUGGCAACCGUGGCUACGGUGGUCGUGGCCGUGGUGGUGGUCGCCCCUCGUCUCAGUCCACUGGUGUUCCCUCCUUGGGCUAA